UCCAUUCUAUAUAAAAGCAGAAGCCAUUUCCCAGACUUAACACUCACAAAAGCAAUUUCCCUUCUCCUUCAAAAUCCUCCAAACCCCAUCAAAAUACAAGAAAAAAACACUUCCAACUCUUCAACAUGUUCAACCAGUCACUUCUUUCGAUUUUGGUCACAUUGCUAAUUGCCUCAGUGGUCAAGGCAACAGUUGACCUAGUCCAAGCCAGUGGCCAUGAGCCAAUCCUUGAGAUGUACAUGCAUGACAUCUUGGGAGGCAGCAGCCCCACAGCUAGGCCCAUCACCGGUCUACUUGGCAACAUCUACGGCGGCCAAGUGCCCUUUGCCAGGCCCAUAGGCUUCCUGCCACCACAAGGCGGGGUAGCCAUUCCCAAUGCUAAUGGAGCCAUUCCAACCGUCAACGGCGUUAAUGGGAUUCCACUUGGCACCGGCUUAGCUGGUAUAACAUUCUCUGGAAAACAAAGUGGUCAGGUUCCUCAGACUCCAUUAAGUGCAGACGGUUUGAGCCUGGGAUUUGGAACCAUCACUGUCAUCGAUGAUAUUCUGACGACAUCACCUGAGAUGGGCUCGCAGACAAUUGGAAAGGCUCAGGGAGUCUACGUGGCCAGCUCGGCUGACGGGUCGACGCAAAUGAUGGCGUUCACAGCUAUGAUUGAAGGAGGUGAGUAUGGGGACACCUUGAACUUCUAUGGGAUAUUCAAAAUUGGGAGCUCCAUGUCACACUUGUCUGUGACUGGAGGGACUGGCAAGUUCAGGAGUGCAAGUGGGUUUGCUGAGGUCAGGUCCCUCAUACCUCCUGGCCAACACGUCACUGAUGGGGUUGAGACUUUGCUCAGGAUCGUCGUCCAUCUGAGUUACUGAGAAUUCGAUGUUGUGGAGAUUUACUUCAAAGUUUGAUUUGAUUUGAUUUUACUGUUAGUUAAUGCUCAAGUUUUUCAAAUUUGAAUUUGUAUUUCAAUUCUA